UCCUCGCAUCCUGCGCUGACCCUCCGAUACCCGCCUGCGGAGCAACAAGCCUUGCUGCCUGGGGAAAAGAGCUUUAUCUACUGUUAAGCCAAAGCCAUCGGGUCUGUCAACAGCAUGGACGAGAGGAUCGUUUGUCUUUAUCAGGCAGACCUUCACAGUGAGGAGAGAUGGGCAGCUUGUAUAAGGAUGAACAGGGUGACUGGAUCACGGUUUGUCUCAAGUACCUCCUCUUCGUUUUCAACUUCCUGUUUUGGAUGGGCGGCGGGGUGGUGAUGGGUGUCGGGAUCUGGACGCUGGUCGAUAAAGGAGAGUACCUGAGCCUGCUGGCCUCUAGUACAUUCGCUGUGUCCGCCUACAUCCUGAUCCUGGCAGGAGGGCUGGUGAUGGUCACCGGGUUCUUGGGCUGCUGUGCUGUCAUACGUGAGCAGAGGAGCUGUCUGUCCACGUACUUCUCCUGUCUGCUUCUGAUCUUCCUAAUUGAGCUGGUGGCUGGUGUCCUGGCCUACGUUUAUUACCAGGCGCUGAGUGAAGAGCUGAAGCAGCACUUGAGCAAGACGAUGACGGAGAACUAUGCCCGACCUGGAAAAGAGAGCAUCACUCAGUCUGUGGACAGACUACAGCAGGAUUUCAAGUGCUGUGGGAGCAACAACUCCUUUGACUGGAUGCACAGUGUGUACAUCAUGUCCCCGGAAGCGGAGAAGCGGCUGGUCCCUGACAGCUGCUGUAAGACCAUCACCCCUCAGUGUGGAAAGAGAGACCACCCCUCGAACAUCUACAAGGUGGAGGGCGGCUGUAUCACUAAACUGGAGCAGUUUCUGGCAGAUCACUUGCUCAUUAUUGGUGCUGUGGGAAUAGGCGUGGCCUGUCUACAGAUUUGUGGAAUGGUGUUCACCUGUUGCCUGCAUAGGCGAAUUAAACUGGACCCGUACUGAUCACUCGGAAAUGUUAUAUGCCUUUAUUACACUCUAAAACACACAUACAUGGCCUUACUACAGUGUCCAUUUUAAACUGCACGACCAAAUUAAUUUGCAUUAAUAUAAGGGCUUUAUUAUCUUUUAUUUGCCACUUUUUAGACAAAUUUUGCUAGUGUUAUUGCCUCCUUAUGAUCCUAAUAGUCUAGAAAGAUGUGGGAUAUUGCCCUGUAGUCAUUUAGAUGUCAACGCUCUAAAAAAUGCUGGGUUGUUUCAACCCAAUGUUGGGUCAAAU